UGCUGAGCCCCCACGCAAUCGCCACGGCCACACCAGCUCCUCCGUUCGCGCUCACUCGCGGGGUCCUCCGGCGGCGAUGCGGAGCAGCAGCCAUGGAGGCUCUCAGCUCCAGCCGCUUCUCUAGCGCUUUCCCCAGCCUCCUCGACCACGUCCCCAAGGCGCCGAAGCCCCCGCGCCACGGCCGCCGUCGUUGUCUCCAGACGCUAGCCUCCGCGCCCGCCGAUGCCGCCGCGCCGUGUCCCUCGUCCUCGCCGCCGCUCUACCGGAUCCUGGCCGCCGCGCUGAGGGGAGGGCGCGCGCGGGGGGAGCUGCCCGACCUGGCUGCGGCAGGAGGAGGAGGCGGGGCGGGGAUAGGGACGCUGCUGAUGAGCACGACGGCGGCGGCGGUGACCAAGGCGCGGGAGAGCCCGUACCUGCUGGCGCUUGCGGCGAACCCGACGUUCGUGUCGGGGAUGGUGGCGUUCGCGGUGGCGCAGGCCGCCAAGGCCCUGCUCACCUCCGUGGUGGAGCGGCGGUGGAGCCUGCGGACGCUGUGCAGCUCCGGGGGCAUGCCCUCCUCGCACUCCGCGCUCUGCACCGCGCUCACCGCCUCCGUCGCGCUCUGCCACGGCGUCGGCGACGCGCUCUUCCCCGUCUGCCUCGGCUUCAGCCUCAUCGUCAUGUACGACGCCACCGGCGUCCGGCGCCACGCCGGGAUGCAGGCCGAGGUACUCAAUAAGAUCGUUGAGGACCUGUUCCAGGGCCACCCGAUCAGCGAAAGGAAGCUCAAGGAGCUGUUAGGGCACACCCCGUCGCAAGUCUUCGCCGGCGCAUUUCUGGGCAUCUUGGUGGCCUGGUUCUGCUGCCAGGGUUGUAUCGGUGCCAUCUGAUGUUGACGUUGUAGUAUGUGUGACUGCUUCAGAAAUGGAGUCAUUUUGUACCAUCAUUGGGGGAAAACAUAGGUGCUUUCUUGGGAUAAUGUUGGAUGUACAUAAUUGUAUGGAUGGUAUCACCACUUCUCAAUUCAUAGUUGAGGCUUUGGUCUGAUUUGAGAUUUA